AUGAGUCUCGAGGCUGUCUUGGAAACUCUUGGGCCCGAGGUUGAUUAUCCUGAAGAAGAAUCCUUUCUCUUGUUUUCUCAAUCGAUUCCAUCUCAGAAUCUCGGAUUUGUUGAUUCAAAAGCCACAAUCUUGGAUUUGUCGAUCGGCGACCGGGAUCUCACAAUCCAUCAAUCUCCCACGAUAUUAUCCUCAAAUCGAGGUGGAGGGACAACGGGAGCUGGUAGGGUUGAAGGUCUACAAGCUUGGAAUUGGCUAACGACUGCAGUUGUCUGGAAAAUCACCCCUCUGUUUGCAUCAUGGAUUACUCAUCCUUCAAAUUUGCUCUUCAAGCACGGCAUUCUGAAUACCACAUCGACUAUUCUUGAGCUUGGGUGUGGAAUAUCUGGAGUUAUUGGAUUGACCCUGGGCCCGCUGAUCGAAUCAUACAUCUUGACAGACCAGGAAUAUGUCAUGAAGUACCUGAAUCGGAAUUUAGGUGAAAAUCAGGCAGACAGCUCCUCUUCAGCAAGCAAGAGCCGGAAGAGCACAUCCAAAAUGAAGAAGGAUGUCAUGCGGCCGACUUCGACAAAUGCAGUCAGCAAUAUCAUUGCGAAACCGCUUGACUGGGAGACGGAUCAGGUUACGUCUUCACUGACGGGUAAUGGGAUGAAGAUCAGUUUCGAUGCCGUGAUCGCUUGUGAUUGCAUCUACAAUGAUGCUUUGAUAAAGCCUCUUGUUGAUACUUGCAGAGAAGUGUGCCAGCUGCGGCUGGCAGAUGGAAAGGAUACUCCAACGGUGUGUAUCGUUGCACAACAGCUACGUUCUGCAGAGGUAUUUGAAGGUUGGCUCAAAGAGUUCCACAAGGCAUUCCGUGUAUGGAGGGUUCCGGACCAGGUAUUGACAGGCGGGCUGGGGUCGGAUUCUGGAUUUGUGAUCCAUAUAGGGCUCUUGCGGUAG